AUGCCCUCCAAACGAAAGAUCCCGAUGACAGAUGACUCUCUUUGCGCAUUUAGUAUUCUCAAUGAGGUAUGAUUUCAUGAUGUCGCGUUCAAAGCUAAUUUGACGCGUCCAGCGAAACAGUUUUUCUGGUUAAACAGCUCGAGCCGAAACACGGCGAAAUGAAGCGGAUUCCCUCAGCGUGAUCGGACGACUUCGCCUUUUUGGUGAAUGUCCAAUAUAGAUUUACUUCCAAAAUAUUUUUCUACACGCGGGCGGAGUCAACCAAUCACUGUGAGAAUCUGCCGCGUUUUCCUGCGGUUCGGCUCAUCCUUUUGACCGAGAAAAACUGUUUUGCUAUAAGCACGCCAAGUCAGCUUCGAACGCGGCUGUAGUCUGUUCAGAUUUCGAAUGUCAAGUCGUCGCUCAAGCUCCGCCCAUAAUGGUGCGAUGAACCAAUCAGAGAGCGAGCCAUCCACAGAGAGUUUUUGAAUGACGUCAUUCUACUUGACAUUCAAAAUCUGAACAGACUGUAAUUCAUUUUCAUCAGAGGUGGAAGAAAUGAGGGGCACGCAACAUGCCCGCCUUAGCCAUCAGGCCUCUGAGAUAAAAUAAGCCGCGCCAUUGUGUGGCGAUGGUGUUCAAUACGACGUUGCGAAAGUUAGGCGAAAAUUGUCAUUUUUGUUCAUUUUUCAUUUUAUAUUGGUUUCCGCAGUUUUUUCAUUACUUUUUAAGAACUUUCAGUGGUUAUAGUCAAUGUUUCCCGAGUUGAAAGGGGAGGGAGGCGGGGCAAGGAGCGGGACGCGUAGCGUGUGCGUACGCCGUUCUUGGCGCCAGUUCAAUUCAAUUGCCGCCGACUAUUUAAAAAGCUCGGUAACCGCUCUUUCUCUGUACUUUCUAUUAAUUAUUUUUGAGCACAAAUUAACUUAAUCAAUAAAUAAUUUAAAAAGAAUUGAAAAGAGCGAUAAAUUAGCUUUGAAUGCUCGAACCGCGUACGCACACGCUACGCGUCCCGCCCCUUGCCCCGCCUCCCUCGCCUUUCAAUUCGGGAAACAUUGACUAUAUAAUGUCUAGUUAAAUUUUCUGUGGGGAGUGCGGUUAUAUGUGUCAUUCCUUUAGGCGAAUAGUUCCAGAGUUAUGGUUAGGGAUCUGCUGAGAGCAUAAAUUUCUGCCGCCACAAAAACAGAGAUUUAAAUUUCUGAAAUAUUUCAAAUGACCUAAAUUUGGAAGCUUCGAAAACAACGAUUUUACAAGAUUUUAGAAGAUUUCAAUUAUUCGCGUUCUUUUUCGCCAUUGCGGUUUUGUCCCCUGGCGCCCUAGGCAGCGAACUAUCAAGAAAGCGCCAUUUCUCCACCUCUGGUUUUAAUUUUAUCAGUUGAGAUUUUCCGAUCUACGCUCAAAGAGUUUGACAAAGAAUGUAAGAAAGUGCCGACUGACGUUCUACCUCUUUCAACCAUCCUAGAGCCAAAAAUUUUUUCUGCAGUAAGUUUUAUGUUGUGUGCGUGUAAUAAAACGGAAUGGUUCUAAACAAUAAGAUCUCAAUGUUUUUGUGAAAAAUGAAAUGGCGAGUUGAGAGCGGGAUCAGUCGUCGUUGGCGUCUUCCACAAGUAGAGUGAUCCGGGGAGUGUGCAGUUGUUGGUUUGUAUAAGCGUUCGAUCACACAGAGGAAUCAGACCCGUUUUAUACUAUUUUCUUCGUCUAGUCUUUCACGUUAUCUAGUUCCUAUUUGAUAAUUUCUAAAUUCUCAACACUCCUUCCCUUUAGGAUCUUUGUUCAUCCGUCUUCUCUCUAAUUGAAAAUUCAACCUUUUUCGUGCUUUAAGGCCGUUUGUGUAUACGGAAACAGUACUAGAACUUUGAAGUUCCUUAUUAAGUUGAGUGGCGAGGCAAUCGGUGACGUAGGCGUUGUCUUAGUCGGGCUUUAAAGCCCGACUAAGACGCUUUGGUGGCACGACUGCGGGCAUAAUAGAUGAAGGUGUGGUAACUGGAGUGUAGAUAUGUUCAAUUAACACUCUGAGGAAUCAAACCCUUUUGUACUAUUUUCGUGUCUUACACUUGAUCUAUUUCUUAUUUAUUCAUUUCUACAUACUCAACAAUUUCUCAUGCGAACUAAGUAAAUUUUGAUGCUAUAGUCUGUUCAGAUUUUGAAUGUCAAGCAGCUAACUCCACCCCCAAGGCUACAAUAUCUUUCGCGUCAAUAUUUUAUCUACAUAUGCCAAUGGCCCUUUAAUAAGGCUGCUUUUUUGACUUCUUUUUCUAACUUUUAGAUCGAAAAAGAUCAAAAUUAGUCCCGCGCGAUGAAACAUCGACGCGAAAAGGAACCGUCUCAGCCGGGGCGGAGUUAGAUUCUUGACAUUCAAAAUCUGAACAGACUAUAAUUUCUACUGCAGGGAAUCCAACUGGCAGAGAAAAAACUCGUCAAAGCGAUCAUCCCUAUCAAACAGCAACAAAAACGUUUUUUUUUUCCUUUUUUCAUGAUGUUCAUGUCAUAAAAUUGAAGCUUUUCGAAGAAGAGCUAGACCGAAAACGAGGAAAUACAGCGAUUUUGUUGUCCGCGAUCCGCCGAAAAAAGAUGUGAGCUUUGCUUUAAUCUAAAAAUUCUAUUUGCAAAAAAUUUUUGAACAGAAGUUCAGAUGCCGUCCCCGAACGAUAUUCCUAUACAAAACGAUGAAAAAAUGUUUGAUAAUGUCCGUUUCUUUGAGGUUCUAACCUUUCGAAAUAUCAAAGUUUUGAAAUCGACAGGUGGUCAACAAUAAGAGUAAAUACGGAUCGGAAUUCGUCCUGCCUUCAGCCAACUAUUGCACUUGUAAAUAUUUCCAGGUGGGUGUGUUAAAUACUUCUUCUCACGGUUCUUCAUAUCAGGUGAAUGUGUUGAAAAUGGGGCAAAAAUGGAUCUGCGCCCACUUGAUCGCAGCUCGAUUUGGCCUACACCGCGGCACGGUUAUUGAGGACAAAACGCCAGAAAAAAACUUUGCACGGUAG